AGAGACAGGCUAACAGAGAGAUAUCCAGGCUAAGAUACAGGCUAACAGAGAGAUAUCCAGGCUAAGAGACAGGCUAACAGAGAGAUAUCCAGGCUAAGAGACAGGCUAACAGAGAGAUAUCCAGGCUAAGAGACAGGCUAACAGAGAGAUAUCCAGGCUAAGAAACAGGCUAAGAAACAGGCUAACAGAGACAGGCUAAGAGAGAGAUAAGAAGCUAAUUAAAGUGGUAAAGAGAGACGAGGUCUGACACAGACAUGGAGUCUGAAGACAAUCUGCUCAACGUGUUUCUGCUGCUGCUGUUCGGAUCGCUCUUCACCACGGUGGGUCCUUCUGCCCCGGAGGAAGGCUGGCAGGUGUACAGCUCAGCACAGGACUCCGAGGGUCGGUGUGUUUGUACCGUGGUUGCUCCCCAGCAGACGGUCUGCUCCAGAGACGCCAGAACCACACAGCUAAGACAGCUGCUGGAGAAGGUUCAAAAUAUGAGUCAGUCCAUUGAAGUUCUGGACCAGCGGACUCAGAAAGAUUUGCAUUUUGUUGAGAAAAUGGAAGAACAGGUGAAGGAUCUGGAAAACAAAUUCAAACAGGUGGAAGACGGACAUGAGAGCAACAUCGCCAGACAGUACAAGUCCAUAAAGGUGAAGAUGGAGGAGUUACGUCCUCUCAUCCCAGUCCUGGAGGCCUACAAGGCGGACGCUUUGCUGGUCCGACAGUUUAAGGAAGAGGUGGAGAAUGUGACUGAGCUACUGGGAUCGCUACAAGAACAAAUGGGAGGUCUGGACUACCAGGAACUCCACGGCCGAGUGAUGAACCUGGAGGACCGGCUGAGGGCCUGCAUGCAGAGGCUGGCAUGUGGGAAGCUGACAGGAAUCUCUGAGCCAAUCACCGUCAAGUCGUCAGGAUCAAGAUUUGGAUCGUGGAUGACCGACCCGCUCGCUCCGACUGGAGACAACAGAGUGUGGUACAUGGAUGGUUACCAUAACAACCGCUUUGUUAGGGAGUAUCAAUCGAUGUAUGACUUCAUGACGACGGAUAACUUCACGUCUCACCGCCUGCCCCACCCCUGGUCCGGCACCGGUCAGGUGGUUUAUAACGGAUCCAUUUAUUUUAACAAGUUCCAGAGUCACACCAUCAUCAAGUUUGACUUCAGCACAUCGCUCAUCAGCCGCUCCCGGCAGCUGGACUUUGCAGGCUACAACAACAUGUACCAUUACUCCUGGGGGGGCCACUCGGACAUCGACCUCAUGGUGGACGAGGGGGGGCUCUGGGCUGUCUACGCGACCAAUCAGAAUGCUGGAAACAUUGUCCUCAGUCAGUUAAACCCCAACUCUCUGCAGAUCAUCCGCAGCUGGACCACCAACCACCCGAAACGCAGUGCCGGCGAGGCAUUCAUGAUCUGUGGAACCCUUUACGUUACUAACGGGUACUCUGGCGGAACCAAAGUCUACUACGCCUUCUCCACCAACUCCUCCACCUACGAGUACAUCGACAUUCCUCUGACCAACAAAUACAGCCACCUGUCCAUGCUUGACUACAACCCCAGAGACAGAGCGCUGUACGCCUGGAACAAUGGCCACCAAGUCCUUUAUAACGUCACUCUUUACCACAUUAUACAAUAACAAUACAUGAAGUUACCCUCUAAAACACAGUAACUUAUCUAAACCCCCGAGACAAAAUGGUUGGCUUCAUUGCUGAAGUCCGCCUACACAACAGAACCGUUUCAAAUAACGAUAAUGUUCAAAUUUACAAGUGAGUUUACUUAAUAUUGAAAACACACAUAUGUUCUUCACUAUUUGGCUUUGGAGUUGCUGGCAGGCAGUUUUUAGAAACACUGUUUUACAUUUUAAAAUUAGAAGUGAAUCUUUUACAGAAUAUAGUCACAGACCAGCAGGGGUCACUGGUGGACAACCAGUGGUCCGCAGACCACUCUCACUAAUACUGCUGUAGUAGACAGCGCUCUAGUCACAGUCCUUCAUAAUGUUCUCUACCACAAUAUAGAGUAGCAUUAAAGAAUAAAUCAAAUUAGGAUUACAGAAUGAAUUCAUCACGUUCUCUGACCCAUACUGAGUCAAAGGAGAAGACCAGUUUUCAAGACAUAGAAAGGUACGUUAGCUGAGCUUUGAACAAGGACUUAAAGUGAGAGGAAACUUAUUUCCAUCGAAAGAAAAAGACAAAGUGUGAAUGAUUGACAUGUUAGCUCAGCAGUUCCUCCUGUAAUAGCUGUUUUAGUUGACGAUAAAGUUGGACGACAGUA